AUUUUUGUAAGUUAUUAUUUUAUGUAGUGUAAUAAUACUAAUAAUUUAGUAAAUAUUGUAAAUUAAUACUAUAUUAUUUAUAAAAUUAUGUUUUUGGAAUGCUUAAUUUGCGGGGAUAUAGCAUCAGGCUAUAAUUAUGAGUGCAUAACCUGUUGCUCGUGUAAAGUGUUUUUCCAUAGGAAUCAUGAUAACAAGGCACUGGAUCACCCUGUUUAUAAUGAAAAGGAAAAUGAAUUGGAGUUCAUUAACCAAGGGGAUACAUUCACGUGUUAA